AUGUCGGCUGCUCCUCUCAACUCGGACCCCGUGGCCACCCCACCUCGCCCUCCGUCCCCCGUCCACAGCUUCGGUACUCUCGCCGUCCACGCCGGCGCUCCACAUGACCCCGCUACCGGCGCCGUGAUUGAGUCCAUCUCUCUGUCGACCACAUUUGCUCAGUCCGCCGUUGGCAAGCCCGUUGGCGAGUAUGAGUACUCCCGAUCCUCCAACCCUAACCGUACCAACUUCGAGACCGCUGUUGCUGCUCUCGAGCACGCCAAGUACGCCCUCGCUUUCUCCUCCGGUUCCGCCACCACCGCCACUAUCCUCCAGAGUCUCGCUGCCGGCAGCCAUGUCAUCUCCGUCUCCGAUGUCUACGGAGGUACCCACCGUUACUUCACUCAGGUUGCAAAGGCCCACGGCGUCAAGGUUACCUUCACACCAGAGAUCGAGGUCGAUAUCAGCGAGCACAUUACCCCCGAUACCCGUCUGAUCUGGAUCGAGAGUCCUAGCAACCCUACCCUGCGCCUUGUCGAUGUCCGAGCUGUUGUUUCUGAGGCCCACAAGCAUGGUGUCCUCGUCGUUGUUGACAAUACUUUUCUCUCCCCUUACGUCCAGAACCCGCUCGAUUUUGGUGCCGACAUCGUCGUCCACAGUGUCACCAAGUACAUCAACGGUCACAGUGAUGUGGUCAUGGGUGUUGCUGCUUUCAACAGCGACGAGCUCAAGAACCGUCUGAGCUUCCUUCAGAACGCCAUUGGCGCUGUUCCCUCAGCAUUCGACUCCUGGCUUGCUCACCGUGGUCUCAAGACUCUGCAUCUGCGAGCUCGUGAGGCUAGCCGCAACGCUGAUGCUGUGGCCCGAGCUCUUGAGGCUUCUCCUCUGGUCAUUGCCGUCAACUACCCAGGUCUUGACUCUCACCCUCACCGACAUAUCGCCAAGAAGCAGCAUCGUGAUGGUCUGGGUGGUGGUAUGCUCUCAUUCCGCAUCCAGGGUGGUCACGCUGCCGCUGAGCGUUUCUGCCAGGUGACAAAGAUCUUCACCCUCGCUGAGAGUCUUGGUGGUGUUGAGAGUCUGGUCGAGGUUCCCAGCAGCAUGACUCAUGCUGGUAUCCCUCGAGAUCAGCGUGAGGCUGUCGGUAUCUUCGACGACCUUGUCCGCAUCAGCUGCGGUGUUGAGGACGCCCAGGACCUUACCAAUGACGUUCUCCAGGCCCUCGAGAAGGCUACCUCCGCAGCCAAGACCAACGGUUUCAACGGCAAUGGCGUUAACGGCUCCUAG